AUGUUGGACGCAUUGAGCGCUUCGAAGGCGCCUGUGAUAUUUUCACACUCCUCCGCGCAUGCCAUAUGCAACAGUUCGCGUAAUGUGCCAGAUCAUGUGCUGCAGAAAAUUGCAGUCAAUGGCGGCUUGGUGAUGGUCGCAUUUUACCCACAUUUUCUUAGUUGUUCGAGUCAGGCGACACUAGAGGAUGUUAUUGUGCAUAUAAAUCACAUACGCGAUGUGGCAGGCGUGGAUCAUGUCGGCAUUGGAGCGGGAUACGAUGGUGUGAAUCUCGUCCCCAAAGGACUCGAAGACGUAUCAAAAUAUCCACACCUCUUUGCAGCCUUACUUGAGUCUGAUAAAUGGACUGAGGCGGAUAUAGCGAAAGUGGCGGGGAGGAAUCUGAUACGUGUAUUCAAAGAAGUCGAAGCGGUAAGUAAACAGAUGAAGGAUGCAAAAACUGAAAUAAGCCCACCCGUGCCGACCGUGCAAUGCAAUCGAACGGCUAAUUAAUUGAAAUAUGUAUGAAUAUUUACACUCGAUGCGAGUACGAAAGAGAAAAAUAAUUAACAAAAAACAAGAAAAAAAAGCAAAGAAAAUGCAAAGCAUCAUUAAUCAACAACGACUUAAUAAUUAAAAAUAUAUGCACCCAAAUAAUUGCAGCUGAUAAAUACUGUGUGUAGUACUUCGUUAAUUGUGAAAUACAAUCAAAAGCCAAAAAAAAACAUAAACAGAAACACAGAAAGAAAUAAAAAACUAAAAUUAGUAGUGCAGUAAAAGUUAUCUCAAAAAAUUGUAGAGUUUAUAAAAGAAAAAACAGAAACAAAAAAUUCGAAAAAACAGAAAAGAAGAAGCAGCAGCGCAUUGAGAAGAAGUAGAAUGCAUAAUUGGUUGAAGAAACAGCAGGCAAGGAAGCAAGCAAGCAAGCAAGCAAGAAGUCAUUUAAUCCGCCUGAGAAUGGACGAGUUUUACUCUGUUGAGCAUAUUUCCUUUUUCGCCAGCAAAUUGCACUUUUACCUUGCAAUGUUUUUUUUUAUCAAGUAUGCAAACAGGAAGAAAUGUAGAGUAAAAGAUCAUGAAAAAAAGCAUAAAGUGAACGAAACGAAACGAAAUGAAAGCUGAGAUAAAAUUUUUUGUUUAUAAAUAUUUUUUUUCUUUACUUCGGCGUUGUUUUUACUAGGUACAUUUACUUCUUUGCUGCCAAGUUUUUUUUUGUUCAUCAAUUACAAUUUGUAGAAGAAAGAAAUGCGAGUACUUCUGCGCGUGUAUGUGUGUGUAACUAAGAUGUAAUGUGGAAGGACAUAGAAAAUUGCAUUCAGGAGCGGUAUAUGUAACCGCAUAUAUGUAUAAUAUACAUAUAUAUACAGAAACAUUUACAUAUGUAUGCACAUUAGGCAUAUGGCUUUUUGUUUUUUAAUUAAAUAGGUAUACCUAUGAGGAGAGAAUGAGGAAUUGUGAAAAAACCACAAAAAUUACGUUUUUGUCUAACUUUCAGCGUUCAAAAAUUGGUUUCUAACAUUUUUUUUUUCACUCAGAUGACUUGGAAAUUUCCAUCUACAUAUAUGUGCAAAUCUCACGAGUUGUGGUUUAUUUAGUGUCACUCCCUUCUGUUGCCAGCAAAAAAAAAACCCUAAAGCAUGCUUCUUGCAUACAUUUCAAUCAAUUGAGUUCCAGAAACAAGCACAAUAAAAAAAUAAAUCAAAUAUUGGAACAAUUUUAGACUUAACAUGUUUAUUUAGGCAAAAAAGUACCGAAAUUACUCAUUUAUUUAUUGUUACUCCUAAAACGUACUUUUUUAAUGUAAUUUUGGGACAUUGGCAUCAAAUACUACAUAUCUGUGUAGUUUCAAGAGUAUGCCACCAAAUAUUUGGAAAUUUUUGGGUUUUUUUAUAUUUAUUAAUUUAAGA